CGGUGGCCGAGAAGAAGAAGCAUGUUCUUCAUUCGAAGCACUUGAUAUCAAGGGUAGGAGUGACAGGACCACUUGUGUUAACAAUGAUGCAGUCAGCAGAAUCUCUCCUCCAUAGUGGAUACUUCCACCCUACGCUCAGAUACUGGCAGACGUGUGCCUCGGACCUUAAACCUGACAACCUCAUCUAUCCCAUCUUCGUCACUGACAGUCCUGAUGCAGUAGAGCCCAUCGGCAGUCUUCCUGGACAGGCCAGAUACGGUGUGAACAAACUAGAAGGAAUGCUUCGCCCUCUUGUGGAGAAAGGCUUGAAGUGCGUGCUCAUUUUUGGUGUGCCUGUAAAAGUGGACAAGGAUGAUCGGGGUUCGGGUGCAGACACUGAUGACACCCCAGCAGUUUUAGCUGUGAAGAAACUGAGGGCCACCUUCCCAAACCUGGUGUUAGCCUGUGAUGUGUGCCUCUGCCCUUACACCUCACACGGCCAUUGUGGAAUUCUGCGUGAAGAUGGCACUUUGGACAAUGGUGCCAGCUGUAAUCGCCUGGCCGAAGUGGCGUUGGCCUACGCCCAAGCUGGGUGCCAUAUAAUCGCCCCCUCAGAUAUGAUGGAUGGACGCAUUGCAGCCAUCAAGCAAGCACUUAUAUCCAACGACCUCAGCAACAAAGUUUCAGUACUGAGCUACAGUGCCAAGUUUGCCUCCUGUUACUAUGGCCCCUUCAGGGAUGCAGCCCAGUCCAAGCCAGCAUUUGGAGAUCGGCGGUGCUAUCAGCUGCCCCCUGGUGCCCGAGGCCUGGCACUGCGAGCAUGUGAGCGUGACGUGAGGGAGGGGGCAGAUAUGCUGAUGGUGAAGCCUGGCAUGCCCUAUCUCGACAUGGUCAGGGAGGUGAAGGACAAGCAUCCCAAUCAUCCACUGGCGGUGUAUAAUGUGUCUGGGGAGUUUGCUAUGUUGUGGCAUGGAGCCCAGGCAGGGGCCUUUGACCUCAAAGCUGCUGUGAUGGAGGCCAUGACUGCCUUCCGACGUGCGGGUGCUGAUAUCAUCAUUACCUACUACGCACCUCAGCUCCUCACCUGGUUGACAGAGUAGAAACAGAAAGGACCAAAGCUUGCAUUUAACAGUCAUUAUAUACAUGCUAAAAAGAACGAACAAAGGGGGUUAAAAAUCAACUGACGGUGACACAUAAUCUUCUGUCAGAUAUUGUUUUGGUGUCUUCAAUGUCAUAUUUGCACUCUAUAUUGUUUUGCUUAAUCAUUUUUGUUCUUAUUCUGUCAUAGAAUACUGUUAUACAGUAGACACUGGAACAGUGUGUUGAUCGUCAAAGUUCAUAUAGCACUACAAAAAAAGAGUGUGUAAGAUUCACUGAGAAUAUAUUGCCUGUGAAACAUAGACAUUAAUUUGAAGGACAACCCAUGGCAUAGCCAAAUGUUUCAGAGUAAAUUGUGGGCUGUGGUUUAUAUAUCUGUGGUUUUUAACAUUCUUUUAAUGCUUACUACUUAUGUAAACUCCAUUAUAUGUGUCAGCUUGAUGCCUACAAUGUUGUAAAUCAUUUCCAAGAAGAAGACAUGGCAGGGUAGGAUAUCACAGGAUAAUCUGUUGAUAUUCAAGCACAUAUAUUUUCCAUUCUCAUCGCUAGCACUACACCAAACAGAAAUGUUCUAUAUUUAUGGAUACAGGCAACUAUACUGGAUAAUAUAGAAAUAAAAUUGCAGUGGCAACUGGGA